AUGUUCUCCAUUUCAGAACUAGUGAUCAACCUCGUUCUGUCCGUGUGCAUCCUUGUCAUUUCUCGCUUUCUUUGGAACUACCUCCGCUCCCCACUGAGGUCUUUUCCGGGCCCGCUUCCCACCAGCUUCACCAACAUAUGGCGCCUGCAAGACGUGUUCAAAGGACGCUGCGAUAUCACACAAAAUGAGCUUCACCGCAAGUACGGACCCGCCGUUCGGAUGGGUCCCAAUCUGCUCAGUCUCUCCGAUCCGAACCUGAUCGGUCAAGUGUACAACACCAAGAACCCAUGGCUUAAGAGUGAUAUGUAUAACGUCAAUGACGUUAUCGUCUCAGGCACCCGUUACAAGAACCUCUUCUCGAAUCAGGAUGAGAAGUGGCACUCGACUUUCAUCCGUCCAAUCAAGAACCUAUACUCCAUGAGCAAAGUACAGGACGUGGAGCACAAUGUGGACAUUACCAUCCAACUCUUUCUCGAGAAGCUUCGUGAGCGGUUUGUCCGUCCGGGCAAGACAUGUGAGGUGUCGGAAUACAUCAACUUCUUUGCAUGGGACGCAAUGAGCCAAGUCACAUUCUCCAAGGAUUUGGGCAUUCUUGAAGCAGGCUGCGAUUACAAGGGUUUCCUAGGAAGAUCGACAAAAACACUCGACUACUUCGCCUCGAUAUGUCAAAUUCCAAACCUAGACUACCUCUUCGACAAAAAUCCCAUCAUGCGAAUCGGCCCACCAACAUUCGUCUGGGCCAACAUAUUCAGCGUGGAACAACUUCAAGCCCGUUAUGAAGAAACCACACCAACCGGUCAUAUCGACUUUCUAGCUAAAUUCCUCGAAGUCAAGAAAAAGCAGCCAGAGCUUGUAAACGACGGCACUGUCAUUCUGUACCUUCUCUCGAACGUCCUCGCAGGCAGUGACUCCACCGCUGGAGCUCUUUGCGCAACAAUCUACCACGUCCUUAAGCAUCCGGCCGUGCAUAAAGAGCUCGCUUCCGAGCUUCGCAAUGCUAAUCUGACCCUGCCUGCCAAAUGGAAAGAUAUCAGGAAUCUGACGUAUCUCGAAGCAGUGAUGCGAGAGUCGAUGCGUCUUAACCCGGGCGUGGGUCUUAUUCUCGAGCGAGUUGUUCCGAAGGGCGGAUUCACUCUCCCUGAUGGACGAUAUGUGCCUGAGAAUACGGUCGUGGGUAUGAAUCCGUGGGUGAUCAGUAGAAAUGAAGAAGUCUUCGGAGCUGAUACAGAGGCAUUUAUUCCGGAGCGUUGGCUAAAGGGACCGGAGGAGACGGAUGAGGUGUUCCAGGCAAGGAUCAAGAAGAUGAAGGCUGCUGAUAUGGCGUUUGGAGCGGGGUCGAGAGCUUGUCUUGGGAGAUAUUUGAGUCAGUUGGAGAGUUAUAAGCUGAUUGCGACGCUUUUCAGCUCUUUUGAUAUGGAAUUGCCGAGUCAGGAGCAUGAGUGGGAAAUUACUAAUUCCUGGUUCUUGUAUCAAAAGAAUAUUCCUGUUCGGUUCUUUGAGCGGACAGAUACGGCUGUUUACGUUUGA